AUGGAUGAGUUUCCCGAAUUAGGAGCUCCUAGUCAAGGAAGUUCACAAAAUACAACUAAUAAUAACCAAAGUAGAACCUACUCAACAGUCGCCGCCCAAAAUAAAUUUAAUUUACCAUCAAAAAAACAAGCAAUAGUUUUCUCUGCCCUAGAUAACACUAAAGUGGAAGAAUAUUUAUAUGCAAUUGGAAACAAAAUCCAACCCCAAAAUAUUUUGUUCAUAUCUCGCAUCUCAAAUAACCGAAUAUGCAUCUAUUUAUCAAGUGAAGCAAUCGUAGAAAAAUUCCUAAAUACAGAUAAUGGAUCAGUAGUAGUUAAUCAACAAAUCAUUCAAGGCCGUCGUCUAAUAAAUGCCAACGAACGACUAAUUAUCUCUAACGUUUGUUUGACAAUUCCUCAUUUAGUUAUCGAAGAUGCUUUGAAACGAAUUGGACUAUCACUUGUAACUACCUAA